AAAAAGUGUUUUCUUCUUCUUGGAUUCACCGCCAACUUAAUCGCAGAUUACCAGCUCAAAAAGAAGGAAUCAGUUUUGAAAAUUAUCUUUUUCACAAUCUACCAUCGUGCUAAUCCACCACCUGUUUCUCACUCCCGGGUACAAUCCAAUCUCUCUCUACUGUAAUUCCCAACUACCUACUUUUCUUUAUCAUUGAUUUCUGUACUCAACCCUCAGUUUUCUAGAUAGCUGUUGUCAGUUGUAAACAAGUCUUCAGUUUGGUAUUUGAUUUAAUUAUUGAUUCGGCUAUAUAUCCGGCUUCGUUCUGCCCAAUAAGAGGAUCAGCCCAUGUUCUUUAUCCGCCUAGGUGGCAACGCAUCAGGUGACUCUUGUCUCUCUUUUUCGACUAUUCAUGCAUGUAGAUACUCGCCCCCGUUGUUCCUCUAUCGAGAUCUGCAUCUGGGUGGGAUGAAUUUCAGCCUUUUAGCUUCGGUUUCUGCUCUGAAUUCUUUGUGGGUGACUGUGUUUGGCCUUAUGGUCAGCUUCAGUGUUUGACGUACUACCUUGAGGAGAGGACUCUGGUGGGUCUUUAAGGCAUAGACUUUUUCUGCUUUGAUUGGAGAUGCAAAGAUGGAAAAGAAAGGAAAAAUCUUUCAGUACAGAGAGAGGUUAGACAAGACUCUGGCUUCGCUUGAGUUGGCAAACAAGGACAGUCUUAAAAGACUUGUGAAGAAUCAAAUUCAAGGUUUCUCACCCAAAGAAACUGAAGAAUGUGGUGAGCAUCUGUUAGAAAGAAGGACAAAUGAGGUUUCCAAUUUCCUUGACAUGCUUAGGAGUGUUUCUGCAAGUAGUCAUGGGGAUUCAGGAAUCAAUGAGACAUCGCGUGGUGAUUGGAAGUUGAAACAAGACGGUGAAGAAUAUCGUGUUAUGUACCGUGAAGGACCGGAGGGCAGUCCUUUUCAUACAUUACUUGUUGAGGGCUAUGUAGACGGGCCUGUGGAUGUCUGUUUAUGCAUAUCUUGGGAGUCUGCCCUCUACAAGAAGUGGUGGCCACAGUACACUAUUCCAGCAUUCAAAGUGAUUUCUUCCAACUGUUUGCAAAGAAUCCGGGUUGGUGAACAGAUAUCUUUAGUGAGGGUGAAGGUUUCAUGGCCACUGUCAGUUAGAGAGGCUCUCGUGCACUAUUUUGCAUUUGAGUACUUUCAAGAUGAUUUGGUUGUUAUUCUUGUAAACACGAUCUCAGAUUUAGGGACCAUCGACAAGGCUACUCAUGGAUUCACCAAUGAGGGCAUUCCUGAAGCAGAAGAUGUUGUGAGGAUUGACGUAGUGGGAGGCUUUGCUAUACAAAAGGUCACCCCCGAGAGAAGUUAUUUCCGGACGAUAGCAAAUAUGGAUAUCAAGCUGGAUUUCGUUCCUCCAUCCCUCAUAAACUUUAUUUCAAGACAGCUCAUUGGCAAUGGUUUCAAACUCUAUCAAAAGGUAGUUACUUCCGUGUGUAAUGAAUCUAAUCGUGAUGAAGGUUAUAGCAAGGCCUUGGGGAACCCACUGUAUACUAAAAUUCGGAAAGCUCUUUAUGGCAUUGAAGAAUCAGAUGACCCUCGGAAAGAAAAUGAGAUGAAGGGCAGUGAAUGCAUUAUCCCCCAACAACAAUUAAUAAAAGAUGUGGAGACCGAAGGAUUCGCAAUGGAUAUGGAACAGAAGUUUCAUAGUCAUGAAAGUGAAUCUUCACCGGAAAACAGACAAACCACUGGAGGAAGAACUUUUGGUGAGAUAGAGGAAGAAGAGAGUGAAGAUACCUCCCAGGAUGAGGUUAGUCUCAAGGUUAUAGAUAAAUCUGAAGCCAAUAAGAUUGAAGCCGGAAGUCAGGUAAAUGGUAAAAGAAGUGUUUUUGUCAGGCCAGAGGUGGAAGAGGCUCUAGGGACACUAGAGAAGGCCAUUUCUAUGAUUCGUGAAUAUGGAUUCGGUGUGGCCUCAGGGUCUCCCUCUAGUUUUUCAGAUGAAGAGCCCUCAAGUCUGGAGAAAGAUCCCGUGAAAGAUUCAAAUUCUUUUGAAGAUGAUUCUUCAAGUACAAAGGUUUCUAUCGAAAUAUCCAAAACAGAAGCUGCAGUGAGGACUUCUCAUGAAUCCCUGAAUAGCUCUGCCAUUAAUGGUGUCAGGCGUGCAGGAUCAAAUUCUUUCUCACGAGAAGUGAACCAUAAUAAAAUAGUACCAGCAUCACCCGAGAAAGACAUUCUACUUCCUACCAAACUCGAUCAUGUAACCUUGAAUUCCUCCACAGAUAGAAAAAUGGAAGUACCGGUUUCAGAUCAAACUAGGUCAGAAAAGAAGCCAUUGAGUGCAGAAGCAAAUGGAAGAAAGAAAUUGAAGCAACAAAAGAAAUACAGAUUCUGUUGCUUAAGCUUUAAUUCUAAGUAGUCAGACCCUUGUUGAGAAAGCUAAUAUGCUUACCUAUUUACAUAAUUCUAUAGGUGAUAUGAGAAUUUGUGUUGAAGCAUUGCCAGAAAAGAACCAUUGUAUUGAUAAGAUAUAGUGGUAAUUUUCUUUUUAAAUCUCCUUCCCCCUAUAAGCAGAUAUGUAUUUAUAGUUUCUCAGAUUUUUUUUCUUUGGGAAAGGUAUAUAUAAUUUUCUCUUUCCAUGAAUAAUGUAUCAAUAAGUUGGAACUGCCAUCAAGAGAAUAAUGCUUGGAUUUAAAUUGGGAAA